UACACAACUUUCAGGUGCUUAGCCUUCAGCUCAAUUCUGUGAUUCAACACCGUUCUUCUUAAACAAACAAACAUCGUGACUUAUCCUGGAACAACAUUUCUCAUGGCAGCUUUUCAGAGCACUCCAUGGAGGUUGAUUUCUGGGAUCUUAGGAGUAACGUGCCUUGUGCUAAUGGCUACUUUGGGAAUUUUGCUGAAAAAUGCACUUACUAAACAAAGUGUUCAGCCAACACCAUCUCCAGGACCCACCACCAUCGAACCUCAGAAAGGCUCUGGCUGCUGUUUUUGCCAAGAAAAGUGGAUUGGGUACCAAUGCAAUUGUUACUUCAUUUCCAAUGAGAAAAAAAAAUGGGCAGAAAGUAGGGAUUUCUGUGCAUCUCAUAAUUCCAGUCUACUUCAGUUGAAAAACAGAGAUGAGCUGCAGUUUAUGAAAUUCAGUAGAAAUUUUUACUGGAUUGGACCAUAUUACUCCGACCAACAUCAUGCCUGGUUGUGGGAAGAUGGCUUUGCUGUCUCCAAAAAACUAUUUGCAUUCAAUGAAAGUUUAGAUGAAGAAAACUGCAUGGUGUAUAGUGCAUCCAAAAAUGUUUUGGAAGAACCCUGCACAGAUGAAAAUUAUUAUAUCUGUAAACAAUAGCUUAUUUAGGUGUUGCUUAGGGCAGAAGGGUGGGCAAUGAAGGUCCAGUAUUACUAAAAAUGGUCAUUUGACACGGGAAUGCCAGCCAUCAUAUCAGCAGCAGCCCUGUUGAAAGGACCAUGUGACAAGAAGCCAAAACCUCUUUGUUGAAUUGUACACUUGAAACCUUAUGGUUUUGUGAACCAAGG